UUAGUGGCUCACGGCCAUUAUCUCAUUGGUAGAAGAAGAAGAAGAAGGAAGAAACCCGUGCGCCUUCGUGAUUCGAAAUGGUUUCGCGUAGGAUAAUUUUCAGACUACUCCAAUGCAUAACCGGUACACUUGCGCUGACCUUAAUCCUGCUGUGCCACGUCUCUUACGACAAAGUUACCAUGUCCAGGCUGAGAUUGGAGCGUAUUCGAAACGCGAGUCGCCAGUUGUACACUUCUGCCAGGUGCCGACCUGCAGAACACAUCAUUUUCAUCAAGGUGCACAAGGCAGGUAGCUCGACAGUCUUCAACAUCUUGAUGCGGUACGCUUCCCAGAACCUGCUCAACGUCGCCAUGCCACACCAGGCCGACGCCUUCCAUCUGGGUCUUCCUUGGCACUUUACUCCCGAAGUGGUGCAGAAAUUUUCGGCGGCAAACAUGACAACCAACCUGGUGACAAUGCAUCUCCGCUACAAGCACUCGGCCUUGAGAGAACUUAUGCCAGAAGCACAGCCCAAGUUUAUAACUAUCAUGCGAAAACCGGCCGACAUGUUUGCGUCCAUGUAUCAUUACUAUCAACUCGACAAGCAUUUCAACGCUACAUUGGAGAAGUUCGUGGUGACGGCUGUGCUGACGGAAGAACUUCGCCAUAACCGAUACUCUUCUGUGCUGGGUUUCAACCAAAUCGCAUUCGACCUCGGCAUGGAGAACUUCGACAACAGCGCCGCCGUCGAUGAACUCAUCCGUCAUGUCAACAAGACAUUCCACCUUGUCAUGAUUGCAGAACGCCUCGAGGAGUCCCUCAUCCUUCUUCGUAACAAACUGUGUCUCCCAUUUACAAGCAUCCUAGCCUUCCGCAAGAACGCUCUAUCAAAGCGUGCACAACUGUCUAAUGCAACUCGAUGGGGUCUCAAAAAGCUCAACCACAUCGACAUGCAGUUGUACACUUUUUUCAGCGACAAGCUCGACAGGGAAGUGAACAAGUUCGGAAGAAAACGUAUGGAGAAGUACGUGGGACAACUGCAGAAUGCAACGAGGUACUGGUACUCGCGUUGUGUGAACCACGAAGCUGACGUGCGCGUGAUUGUGCAGGUGGUGAAGCCUGAACGACGUGACGAGGAAUUGUGCCGAUGGUUGACGUACGACGAAUUGAAGUUCGCGCGGGAGGUUCGAGAUAUUCAGGCGCGUCGAGCCAGAAUGGCGACAGGACGGUUCUAUUCUUGACGUUCAAGGAAUAGCUGCGUUCAUAAUAGUGUAAGGGAAGCCAUACGCAGUUAUUUCGUAAUAUGUCUGCUUAACUGUAAUGUAUCGAAUGUCUUGUAAACGAAUACAGAUAUUAUUUGA